GGGCAACAAUAUAAAGGCUUAUGCUACACGUACUUCUCAUCAGAUGACAGUGGCGCCUGAUUCAUGACCUCCUCGCUGGAUCUACUUCUCAACUUGCCAACUGUCUAUUAGUAUCAUUUGCAUCCAUAUCAUUUAGAAUACGCUGAAAGAAAAGCUCCAAACUUUGGAAUCAAGUACUACGGGUAAAUGUCGCUCCAUUAUCCAUCUUAUAUGAUGCCGCCAACCGAUCGUGCUUCUAAUAAUUAUUCCCCAACAAUGCCUCCUUUGAUUCUAUUCUUCCACGGUAUGGCCUCACAGGCCAGGCUUUCACCAAAAAUCGGACAGCUCACAAAGGAUAUGAUAUCAUUUAUCAUCAGGCCUUUCAAAACAACGUCCUGAUGACACCAGGAUCAUCCCGUGGUGGAAAGGGAUGGGGUGCAAGGAAGGCCUCCGACGGGGUUGAUGUUUGUGGUGUUGCUCCAAGGAGUAAACAUGAAGGGAAGGAUCGCAAACAGGAAAAUCGUUUUAGAGUAUCGGUCGGGGUAUAUGAGGAUCAUUGAGUCUCUCAUUGCAUUGUUUCCAGCUCUCGCUUUCUCGGUUUCCACGUCCUCUGGCGAACCGAACGAUGCCUUCUUCUCCCCAUCGUAUUCCCGAUCUCGAUGACAACAGCAGGCUGGAUCCUAUGACACCCCCACCAUCUCUUGUAACAACCUACUCUCGCUCUACCCUCCUCUCCCUGGCUACGCCUGAUCUACCGCCUCCCAACCCUUUGCGCCUCCAAUCUUUCUCCUCCAUCUUACGAUCAUCCAUCUCUGACGAUGAGUGGGGCGUGAGCGAGGAUGUCGCGACGUUGCUGGACGGUAAGCCUGUAUCAGAGGUCAUGCCCGUACGUCGCGACGAUAAAGGGAAACCCAAAGUUGGCAAACUGCCUUCAGCUGCUGGAAGACCGGUAUCAACAAGGCAGAAUAGCGGUUCUUCAACCUCGUCUAGCACGAGCCAAGUCCUCUUCCAUUUCACAUCGGCUACAGCUACGCCGAGCAGAAUCAACAACCCUCCUCAGGUUCUUAUGGAAUUUUCGAAUCCCUUUUCAUCCCCAAACUCCCUCGGCCUCGGCGUACCUAUCAAACUCGGUCCCCGUAAAUCCUCAGCGUCAUCCAUCUUUCAAGACUUCCCCGCUAGUGUAAAUUCUUCAUCGUCAUCCCUCCAUAUUGCCCCCAAUGGGAGGGGUCUUAACGUCAUUGGCGGGGCAAGGGACUCCUUGACGCUGGGCAAGGAGCUGGGGAGAAUGAGGUUGGGCAGGAGGGAUAGCCUGGACUCUGUGGGGAGCAGCGUGAGCGCGCAAAGUAGUGUUUCCUUCCCUGGAGGGGGACUCAACCCCUUUGCGCCUCCCUUCCCCCAUCUAUCUGCGAAUGACGACGACCUCAAACCGGGUGUGAAACCUUUCCGCAAUGCCUAUUCCUCCUCUCAUAUCCCACAAGUGGCGCAAGCUCCGCAAGUCCCGCAGCACGUCCACGCUUCCCUCCCUCUUCCCCGCCCGUCCUCCCUCCCCCAACGUCCUGGCCCUCUACCCCCCGUAUUCAUCAAGCGCGAGUCCGCGGCAUUGCCCCAGCCUAUGGCGUUACCGGAUGUAGCGCCCUUGGGUAGAGAAUGGGAGGGCGAGAACGCUUUGAGUGGGAAUGAGAAGAGGCGGAUGAGUGCGGUUGGGUCGAUCGGUUCGAUUGGGUCGCUCAGUGGAUUGGGUGCACUGGGCAAUACGAGUGGCGUAGGAACAAGGAGUAGAAGUGGGAGUGAUGCGUCGAGUGAUGCGGGAUGGAAUACGGGUCCGGUGGGAAAGAGGCCCGAGAGGUUGGCCAGGCUGGGUGAACGACUGAGGGAGAGUAUGUCUCAGGGCCGUGCUGCCAAAGCCUGAUGAGGGGCCUAUUCUCUCUCCCUAUAUUACUGCAUACUUGGUUGUAUGAACCCUGCAUCAGUGGCCAAGAAGCAUGCAUCAG